AUGUCCGCCUCGGUGGGCCCUCGGGGCGGCCCGCGCCCACCCGUCGCCCCGGCCAUUCCAGAGCCGGACCUGAGCCAUCUGACGGAGGAGGAGAGGAAGAUCAUCAUGGCUGUGCUGGCUCGGCAGCGGGAGGAGGAGGCGAAGGAGGAGGCCAUGUUAAAAGAAGAGAAGCCUAUCCAAGCGAGAACGGUGAACCUGGUUGGGCAGAAGAAGCCUCCGCAGCAAAACGAUGUCAGGGGCAUCCAGCAGCAGCUGUCCAGCUACAGGGAGACGGUGGUGCGGCAGGCCACGGCGGCGGCGGGCUCGGCCGUCCACCGGGACGACGCGCCGACCUGCGGCAUCUGCCACAAGACCAAGUUCGCCGACGGCUGCGGGAACCUGUGCUCCUACUGCCAGACCAAGUUCUGCGCCCGCUGUGGGGGGCGAGUGUCCCUGCGCUCCAACACGGAGGACAAAGUGGUGAUCUGGGUGUGUAACAACUGCCGGAAGCAGCAGGAGAUCCUGACCAAACCGGGCGAGUGGUUCUCCGGUCCGGCGGGGAAAACCGCUGGCCUCGGCUCGGCCGUCAGCGAACCGUCUGUGUGCCAAACGCCCGGCGACAAGAAGCUCCGGUCUCACUCUCAGGCGCCGCUGGGCUCCACCACAGCACCUCAUGACCCCAACCGGCCCGGGGCGCCCGGCACGGCACCCGGCACGGACGCCCGGUCACGCAGCGAACCACCACGAGACACGAGGAAUGGGCGGGGAGGCGGGGCGGCGGGGCGGGGCGAGCGCCGGCCGGGACAGAGGCUGCAGACCCAGGUCUCCAUGGACCGGGAUCUGCGGGGCGAGUCCAGGGAGCGCAGGGAGAGCCGGCGGCUGACCAAGGGACGCUCUCUGGAGCACGACCCCGUGGGCGGAGGAGGGGGGAGGCGGACAGAAGAGGGGGGCUACCAUCACAUGGACCCCAGCGGCGGCCCCCCUCGCCAAGCAGGGCCGGUCCCUCCCGGGGGCCGGGGCCACCCUGUGCACCCGCAGGGCCGAGGCGAGGGCGAGCCUGGGGUCGGCGUCUUACCCCCGGGCGCGAGGCCCGGGCAGAGGACGGUGGGUGGGGUGGGCGGGCCGCAUGAACACGCCCCUUCACAACAAGCCCCUCCCCCUGAACUCAGAGAGCCCCCGCCGGGCUCGGCCCCCAACCAGGGAGCCCCGAUGAGAAGGACCAAACGGGAGAAGGCAGAGAGCAUGCUGCGCAACGAUUCGCUGAGCUCCGACCAAUCAGAGUCGCUGCGCCCGCCCCCGCCGAGGCCCUACAAGUCGAAGCGGCUCGGCGCCGGAGGGAAGAGGCAGACCAGCGUCAGCAGCUCGGAGGAGGAGGGAGGGACGACGCCCGAGUACAGCAGCUGCGAGGACGCCGAGAUCGAGAGCGUCAGCGAGAGAGGCGACUGGGAGUGCUACCCACAUGACCCCACUGUAUGGCACCAUCCUGUCACCUGGCAACCAUCAAAGGAGGGAGACCAUCUGAUUGGACGAAUCACCCUCAGCAAGAGGAGCGCUGCCAUGCCCAAAGAGGCCGGGGCACUGCUGGGGUUAAAGGUGGUGGGCGGCAGGGUGACGGAGUCGGGGAGGUUGGGUGCCUUCAUCACCAAAGUGAAGAAGGGCAGCCUGGCUGACGUGGUGGGGCAUCUCAGGGCAGGUGAUGAGGUUCUGCAGUGGAACGGGAAGCUGUUGCCGGGGGCGACGAUGAAGGAGGUUUACAACAUCAUCCUGGAGUCUCAGUCUGAGCCUCAGGUCGAGCUGGUGGUUUCCAGGCCUAUUGGGGUGUAUAGAAAAUAUCAUGAUAUCCCAAGAAUCCCCGACACGUCCCACCCUCCAUUAGAAUCUACAGGUUCCAGUUCCUUUGAGUCCCCGAAGAUGGAGCGACCCUCCAUAUCCGUCCUGUCUCCCUCCAGUCCCGGGAUGCUGCGGGACGCUCCGCAGCUCAUGCCCGGGCAGCUCUCGGUGAAGCUGUGGUAUGACAAAGUGGGUCACCAGCUAAUAGUCAACGUGCUUCAAGCUGUAGAGCUUCCUCUUCGGCCUGACGGGCGGCCCAGAAACCCCUACGUCAAAAUGUAUUUUCUCCCUGAUCGCAGUGACAAGAGCAAACGGAGGACAAAGACUGUGAAGAAGACCGGCGAGCCCAAGUGGAACCAAACGUUCGUCUACACUCACGUCCAUCGCAGGGAUUUUCGAAACCACAUGCUGGAGCUGACGGUGUGGGACCAGCCCAGGAUGCCCGAGGAGGACAGCACCUUCAUGGGAGAGAUCCUGAUCGAGCUGGAGACGGCCUUGCUGGACGACCAGCCUCACUGGUAUCCUCUCCAAACCCACGACGUCUCAUCCAUCCCGCUGCCCCGCCCGUCCCCGUACCUGCCCCGACGACACACACACACAGACACACCCGGCAAGAAGCUGCAGCGUUCUCAGCGUGUCACAGAGCCUGAGUUUGAUGAGGGCACGGCGGUAGUGUCUAAAGCAGUGGACGGGCGAGGCCGGGAGAGGCAGCGGGAGCCCUCGUCCACGCUGGAGGUCCCGGAGCAGCAGAGGAUGCCCGCCCGUCACAUCCGCUCGCGCUCGGUCUCGCCGCACCGCGAGGACCAGGGGCGCACGCGGUCACGGCCGGCCAACGUCCCCGCCCAGAGGAGUUUGGACGAUGAGAUUCCUCACAAUCGUCGUUCUCGCUCUCCGACUCGUUACUAUGACGCUGCCAGAGGUUUCCACCAGGAGGAGGAGUACCUGGAUGACAGUGAGGUCAUCAUGAUCCACCAAUCAAUGCGGGGCAAAAGUGCUGAGUGCCUCCACACCAGAUCUGCUAGGCACAGUAACACACUCCCACCUAAGAUGCCACUGUUAUUCAACGGUAUCCUCAAGCACAUUGAUCUUCAGCCUUCUCUGGACAGGGUUAGGAGCGCUAGCACCAACUGUCUGACUCCAGACAAUCAUGUCCCCUCACAAGAGCCUCAAAGAAAAUCUUUGUUCCACUCUCUGCCCCGGAGACGCCCCGCCAGCCCCAGGAUACUUAUCCAACAUGCCUCCCCUGAAGACGACAGAAUAUGGAUGCUACUUCCUAUUCAAGAGAGUUUAACUCACCUCAGUACAAAGAAAAGGCAGCCUCGGACCCUCGAAACGCCUGAAUGUCAGACUCUUGGCAGGAAGUUCUCUGACAGUGGCAGGGGCCACCUCCAAGGUGGUGCGUCUCUCUCCUCCUCAGUAACGUCCUCCUCAGCCCGCAGAGUCAGGCAGCUCCCACAGGUCCCCGCCAAGAGCAGCACCGUCGAACAAGCCCUGGCAGCGGAGGAGCGUGUUCGUCAGCUCCAGAUGAGGGUUCACUCCAACAGGGCGCCGCCUGCCACCACCGCCAGCCAACAGGAGCUAGAAAGAUCCCUCAAGAACAAACGGGAGCUGUAUAAGGACCAGAGGAGGAGCUGUGAGAAUGUUUCCCAUAAGUCCUCAGACAGUGAUGUCAGCGACGUGUCAGCCAUCUCUCGAACCAGCAGUGCCUCUCGCAUCAGUAGCACCAGCUACAUGUCCAUCCAAUCAGAGAGACCCCGGGGACGCUUCAGCCGGGCCAUGCGUGCCACCGGCCGCCACAUGAUGAAGAGCACCAGCGUGAGCGGCGAAAUCUACGGCAUGGAGCACGCCGACGGCAGCCAAUCAGACACGGCGCUCGGCAGCCUGGGAGGCGGGAUCAAGAAGCGACGCUCCAGCCUCAGCCAACGGGUGGUCGCCAUCCUGCCGUCCCGACGCAGCCGGAGCACGUCCCAACUCAGCCAAACAGAGGCGGCGGGUAAGGCGGCGGAAAGACAGAAAGAGACAACGACGGGCAAGAAGGCGGCGAAGGGCGGCAGCAGCAGCAUCCAGAGGAGCGUGGAGACGGGCAUGGCGGUGGAGUACCCGCGCGGAGGAUCGGCCAUGAACCGGCAAGCCAGCAGAGAGUCGACGGACGGCAGCAUGAACAGCUACAGCUCUGAGGGGAAUCUGAUCUUCUCAGGGAUGCGGCUGGGUGCUGACAGCCAGUUCAGCGACUUCCUGGAUGGUUUAGGCCCCGCCCAGCUGGUGGGCCGACAAACACUGGCCACACCUGCCAUGGGUGACGUUCAGAUCGGUAUGAUGGAUAAGAAAGGCCAGCUGGAGGUGGAGGUGAUCAGGGCACGAGGCCUUACCCCCAAACCAGGCUCCAAAUCCCUCCCAGCUCCCUAUGUCAAGGUGUACCUGCUGGAUAACGGAGCUUGUAAAGCCAAAAAGAAAACCAAGAUUGCACGAAAGACCCUGGAGCCGCUCUACCAGCAGCACCUGCUCUUCGAGGAGAGUCCCCAGGGCAAGGUGCUCCAGGUAAUAGUGUGGGGCGACUACGGACGGUUGGACCACAAAUGCUUCAUGGGCGUAGCACAGAUCCUGUUGGAGGAGCUGGACCUCUCGAGCACGGUGAUUGGCUGGUACAAACUGUUUCCCCCGUCCUCGUUGGUGGACCCUACGUUAGCUCCGCUCACGCGGCUGGCGUCCCAGACGUCAUUGGACAGCUCAGGACCGCCACCGGGCGUUCGAUCCUAGUGACCGGAUGGCGACCGCACCCCCACCCCCCAGUACCCAGUACAAUACAAACUAAUGGACCACAGCUAUUGGACCACAACUGAGCAGAGUGCAUGAACACGCCCAGGGACGAGGCCGAGGCGCUCUCGGUCAACCAAUGACAAGCCAGACGGAGAGACAGGGAACCAGAGAAAGAGAGAGAGAGAGAGAGAGACAUAGACAGAACUAGCCAAUCAGAGCUUAGCUGGAGUCUGACAAUCACUUCUCAUACCUUCCCUCUUUCUCCUCCUGUUGCUUUCUUGUUUUCAAAACUUUACUUUUCCCUUCUUUCUCCCUCUUUUGGAGGUUUUUCUCCAAGUCCAACAUUAUUCAGCCCGUCUGCCUUGUAUUUUCUUUCUUUUUUCUUUCCUUCUUUUGUUUGUUUGUUUCUUUCUUUCUUUCUUCUCGUGCAGCCCCCACCCUACCAAGUGACAAACUGGAGUCCUCCGUCCCGGAGCCUCCAGCCAAUCAGAGUAGAGCUUGCUGCGAGGCCACAGGGACGAGCAGCGUUAGCGAUGUGGGGGAGAUGGCAGGUAGCAAACGGUGACGCAGCUCCGAGCGGCUGGGCCGUCACACCGUGGUUUGGCUUUGACGUCUCUACCGCUGUUACCAUGGCAACGGUGCCGCCGUGGAUACGCCCUGUGGGGCAACGGUUGGCAUGGUUUUUUGCAAACCUCUUAGGGAAGGGAGCCUGCACACGCACGUGCACAUUCUUAGCCUUGUCGAGAGAUGUGAAAGCAAGCACAAGGAAAGCUUGACUCCUUUAUUCAGACAGAGGCAAAAACAAAACCUCGUUUUGCUCUUUGUCUUAGAAAAAGAGGAAAGAAAAUAGAGGCCAAAUUGACGAUUUGCGUUUUUUUUUUCAUUUUGAGGUUGGUUCUAUUUUUUUUUUGAUCUAUUUUGCCUAGAAUUCAGAAUGGUACCAUAAGGUGCAGACUCCCUCUGUGUGUGUGUGUACGUUUGGUUUUCGAGCGACGGUGUGCCAAAAGACCAACGACAGUGGUCGGGUCACAUUCGCCCGAACAUCCCCCACCGCCCCCACCCUCCUGACCCCUGACCCCUCAAACUCCCCCUGCAGGAGGGAGCAGCAUGACUCGGGGACGCCCCCCGGCCCCAAGCUGCAUGCACGUUUUUAUUUUGGUUUGGUUUCGUUUUCUUCUAUUUUGUAAAACAAAGACGAGACAAAUUAAUGAAGAAUUCUCAGAAAAAAAAAUCAAAAAAAAAAAAAAUCAAAAACAAACAAGACUAGACUAUGUGUGUUAGUUCCACAUACUUUUAGGCCAGCUUGUAUGUUGCAUGUACUUGUACAGUUUGCUCGUACUGAAUAUGAAUACAAAACCGAGAAAAGCCAAGCCAUCCCCGCCCCUUAACAGGAGCGGACCAACGGGGGGGAUCAACUCCGCCCAGGCCACGCCUACAACUCUGGGUCUAAAUAUCCAUAUUAGGACGUCUCCGAAAAAAAAAAUCUCUUUCUUUCUCUUUUUGAUUUUAACCCUUUGAACAACAGUGCUGUUCUGUAGUACUGAGCAUACUCGAGCCCCUGGCGUAACAGAGGACGUAGGUGUCUAGCGGGGGCACGAGACAGAGAUAGAGAAUGUGUGUAUAACAGCUAAAUGUAUAUGAAGUAUAAUUAUGAGUUUGACAGAAAUUAUAAAGAUAUAGAUAUAUGAAUAUAAAAAGAGUGUAUCUGACUGUACACCCGUCACCGACGCGCACACAUGCACACCUUGUACAUACAAAUCGGGAUGAGCGGCUUGAACUUAAGUUACGAACAAACAAAAAGCAUCGCUGACACACAAACAUUCCUGGUCUAGUUAAAAGGGGAUCUGCGUCCCGUCGACGCGCACGAGCCGCUGAGCGGCGUGGAGCCACAAGGGGGCGCUAACAGGCCUUUCAGUUCUUCCUAGUUGCAGCCAAAAAGAAUUAAAAGAUAACAUGACGAACUAAGAGAACCGAUCAGAUCAAAGUUUUCUUUCCUCGACCCCUGAAAUCCCCUUUUUUACCCGGUUUCUUUACUGCGUAUGGUUUGGACUGGACUCCUAAAGCCAAUGAAAAUCUGGAUUUGCGGACAUAUUUUGCGGAUGUUUCUGUUGAAACCCUUGGCGGUGUGGCCGACUGCCCUUUCCUUUGUCAGUAUUACUCCAGGAAUACUGAUUGUUUACAGUCCAUGGCUCCCCACUCCCCAACACACGAAUCUAGACGAAAGACGAAGUAUUCACUGCAACAGUUCUUGUUUGUAUAACAGA